GAGUUCAAUUAAACAAACCUCGCACAUGCAACGAACAUACGGGCGAUAAAUAGCAAAAAAACGAUUCAUAAGUUACCGAUUCGUUUCUGCUCAGAUCAGUAACAACACGGCGUAUGCAAAAGUGGCGUAGAAGUCGUUUCUCGCUUCGCUUCGUUUCGAUCGCAGCCCACUAGAACUAAGCCGUUAUCGCUAUAGAACGGCGGAUAUUGGAAUACAUAUAUAGAUAAAAAAAAUAGAGGUUGUUUUCCUCGACGUUGUCGAGUCGCGGUGUUGUUGAUUCUUGUGCCGGUAUCAGUGUACGUGAGGGGAUUUAAUUGUUUUAUUUGAAAGUGAAAUUUCUACUGGUUCGAUGAAAUGUUGACCUCUUGCAGGGGGGGACGUUCGAUUUUAUGACUUCGUUGGGGUUUUUUUUAACUGUUUGACAGUUUGUUUGAAAACAGCUAGAAGUGCAAUGGAAAAUCUAAAUAUUUUCGAACCCGUCGGAGUAAAUAUGUUCAGACUCGGUUCUUGAUUCUUCGGCACCAACUAAAAGCUCAUAAUCGAAAAGUGUUAUCAUUUAAUCAAUUGGAAAGAACGUUCAAUUCGAAAGAACCUUCAGGAGGCCCAUUUCAUCGAAUCAACCGCUUACAGAAUCGACGUCAAUUAUCGUUCUCAAGAUGUGCAAUCGGCAAGGAAGCUCGAAAAGCCUCGAUAUCGAACUCGAAAAUAGAAACAAGAACAUCCGUCAUCAUAAUAAAUUAUGACAGUGGAAAUAAACGAGUAGAAAAUAAAGAGAAACACAACGCGCGGACGAAUUAAGUGAAGUGAACGAUCGAGAAAGAAAAACUGUUGAUGAGAAAAACUGAGAUACCUCCCGUUGUGGAAAAGAUCUCGUAGGCUGUGAAGAUUUCAUUAAAUGGUCAUUUACUCCUCUUUGAGUGGCGUAGAAUCUAUUAUGGGAAGCAUGUCGGGGGUUAGGAGAUGCCUGUCUCAGAUGUCCAUGUUGGCCUUCAAGGCCACCAGCUCUGGGGAAGAGGCUUGGCUUCAUGCUUGGUCCAGAUACCGUCAGUCGAGGUUCAACGCUAGGAGAAUAAGAAAACGCGUCAUCUUCAAACAUGGCGAUUGCAACGUGGUGCAAGGUAACGUUGCGAAGAGGAGGCGAAAAUACCUACAGGACAUCUUCACGACGUUGGUAGACGCUCAAUGGAGAUGGACGCUGUUGGUUUUCGCACUGAAUUUCAUCCUGUCCUGGUUGAUUUUCGCCUUGGUUUGGUGGCUGAUAGUUUUCACUCACGGAGAUCUCAACGAAGAGCAUUUAAAUGGUACCGAACCAUGGACUCCCUGCAUUCAAAACAUUCAAGGCUUCACUUCCUGCUUCCUGUUCAGCGUGGAGACCCAACACACAAUAGGAUACGGAGGAAGGACCACAACGGAAGAAUGUCCGGAAGCCAUCUUUGUUAUGUGCCUACAAAGUAUUACUGGUGUUAUGAUACAAGCUUUUAUGGUGGGAAUAGUUUUCGCCAAACUGUCAAGACCCAAGAAGAGGACGCAGACGUUGCUGUUCUCCAGGGUCGCCGUGGUAAGCCAUCGUGAUGGCGUGCCUUGUCUGAUGUUCAGAGUUGGGGAUAUGAGGAAAAGUCAUAUCAUCGAGGCCCAUGUCAGAGCCCAGCUGAUCAAACAUAAAAUCACAAAGGAGGGAGAGAGCAUUCCGUUUUAUCAAACUGAACUGAAGGUCGGUUGCGAUGGUGAGCAGGACAAAAUUCUCUUCAUCUGGCCUACCACAAUAGUGCACAAAAUAGAGAAGGGUUCCCCAUUGUAUCACAUGUCUGCCACUGAUCUUCUGAGAGAACGGUUCGAAAUCAUCGUAGUUUUAGAGGGCGUGAUAGAAUCAACGGGCAUGACUACGCAGGCGCGGUCAAGCUACUUGCCCUCCGAAAUAUUAUGGGGGCACCGCUUCCAAUCUCUCGUGUCUUUCAGGAAGGAGACGGGGGAGUACGAGGUGGACUACGCCAUUUUCCACAAAACGAUGGAGGUGGACACGCCACUUUGCAGUGCUAGUCAGUUGGAUGAACACAGGGCCAUGUUCAUCAAUGAAGGUCUUGAUCACUUAAGGCCAUCUCAAUUCCCAUCAGUAAGAACGCAUUCCAGUGAUACUCUGUGUAGCAUGGACUCAAUAUCAGACCAUGAUGACCACAUUAUGAUGAAAAUACCAGCCAGUCCCAUACCAGUGACAGUAACAGGACCGGACGAAGCAAUUCCUCUGAAGUCGGAUGAAGAUAGGAAUAAGAAUCAUUUACUCGAAGGAACCUACUGAAGUAAUCGGCAUAGGAACUUAUGAAGAACGUUUCUUCAACCAGAUGUGUUUUUAGGCUGUAAUUAGAUUAUGUUGAUCAUAAGAUUGAUGUAACUCAUCCUGUAAUAUAAAAAUAAAUUUACCGUUUCUGAUUA